GUUAAUAUCACAUGUGGUAAAAAUGUAAUUCUUCAGACGCUUAUAAAAAAUGAUUAUACAUCUACUUUUGAGUUUUUUAUUAUUUACUUUAAUGACAACAUAGAGUCACACUAAAAGAAUUAAAUCGAUUUGGUGAAAAUUACAGGUUCGGCAUAAAAAUCCUUGUUGUUCCUUGUUUUUCUUUAAUUUUUUGUUUUUUCCUGUACGCUUGUUGACUCCCUAAAUACCAAAUAUAAUAUCAAAGCAUUUUGAUUGCCACAAAAUGUUAUAAAAAAAACUCUCAUCAUCGUAAAAGCAAUAUAUUCAUUCCUAAAAUUAUUGAAUGAAAAAAAAUGUGGCUUUUACAGAGUACCUAUAUAGACAUAAAUACAUAUUUAGAUACUUUACUUUAUAUAAUUUUAAAUUAGGUAAUAAAAGUAGAAAUUAAUUCCUAAUGAAGAAGACAUAAUCAAUUAAAUUAUGGGUAUAUAUAUAUAUUACAUAAUAUAUGUUAGUAUAUAAGAUCAUUAUAUUUUAAAGUAAUGCUACAAAAGAGCCUAACUCUGUAUUUUAUUUGGUAUUGGUGAUAAUAUAGUAUAAGCUAACAGACCGUAUUUGCACAGAAUUGUUUUUCCUAUACAUCCGCUUUUCAUUUUUUUUGUUUUAUUUCUAGUCAUCGAGUUAUAGGGGAACAGGUGACGACGACGAAGACUGCGAAGACGUGGCCAACGACAAUAUCCCACCGUCGAACACCAUCCUGAUGUCGAUGAUCGAAACGGAAAAACCUGGUGACUUGAAGCUCAACUAUUUCAGUUUUGCGGUAGAAAAAAUCGAACUCAAGGACGAGAUCGCACCGACCAUUGAGUCAAAGGUUGACGCUGAAAAGGCUGCUGCUGCUACAGACAUGGAUUUUCACAAGCUACCGAAUCUACAAUAUUUGCUGGAACGUUAUAAUACUAUUAAUAUUCCGAACCAUUCAACAUUUUGUACUGAUCAGGUGCUAGAACAACCUACAUAUGUUUCAAACGAUAAAGCACCGGAGAUCAAAGCACCCUUCGGAAUGCUAAAUUUGUAUCAGAUAAUUCAAAAAUUCGAACACGAACACAAUUGUGAAUUUAUAUUUUUACCAUCCUCCAUUGGUAAAGAUUUAUUAUAUUACACCGAAAACGCGGACCUGGGUUUAGAUCCGUCGCACACAGUCAGUAAUAAUAUCAUGGAUGUUUUGCGUUAUCCCUUGCGAUAUGGUCUUAUACCGGCGAUAUAUGGGAUAGAUCUUGAAAUGUUUCUAGCAUCUGUUUUCUUAAAAUAUAAAUUUGAUUCCAAAUCUACACGUCGGCUUAAGACUAAAACUCUUGAAGGUAAGGUCACAUUUAAAUUCAUAGAAGGUGAAAUCGAAGCAUUAGUCUUCGACUAUUGGAGCCGGUCUACCGUCGAUCUUAUAAAUUACGACGAAAGCGUCUCUAGACCGGAUUUAAAAGACCUACUUCAGUAUUUGUUCAGGAAAUUGUACGGUACGACCACGGUUGUCCAGAAAAAUGAAGUCGCUUUUUUUUUGUGGAAUUUAAGAAAAUUCGCCAAGUUUGAUCUGAGUAAAGACAUCAUAUCGGCAAAUUGUCUAUAUUUUCUUAAAACACAUAUAUCGACUGUCUGGCCAGAGAUCUCGCACAACGACAUGAUUCUGUGGAGCAUUUUUUUUAACGAAAUGAAUGUGCACCAUCUCCUGAUGGAACAUACCAUUUCAACGAUGUUCAAAACAUUAGAUCGUCGUUUCGAAUUUAUUAUGAGUAAGGCUGCGCAAGUGAGGGCGAUCCGGCGGAAAUCAUCAUACUCCUUUAGUCUGUGGAACGUCGCUACUACCGUUUCUGGUGAACGUAAAAGAACUGUAUGUAAAAAUGAUGUAAUGAUAAAGAUUUUACCAGAAUUAUACGAAAAACUCAACAAUCACCACAAUGAGUUGGCCGCCGCGAUUGAUAAUUUUUAUUAUUAUCACAUUUUUUUGUUAUCGCGAUAUACAAUCUUACACAACAUUGACGUUUCCACUAGAAUCUUGAAGUCUACCUCGAUCCAAGGGUUUCUGGAUGAACAGCGUAACCGCCCAAAUCACAAAAUUUGUCAGCUAUUGAUAUUAUCCAUGUCAGAAUAUAUCCAAUCUAUGAUCGUUUUGUGCUUUCGGCGGUUGUACAUACGGGACAGUGAUACAUUUGAGGCCGAGUUCGAGAUUACCGAGUUUGAACAGUCGUUGUACCAGUCACUGAAUGAGUUGAUCUGCGACAGAAUGAACUUCGCGCUGUCAACGGUUAAUGAUCGCGAAGGUCUUGGUGGUGACCCCGAACCCGAACUCUUGCUAUACGCGUACAUGUACGGCCUUACCAGGAGAGAAAGUGUAUCAAUGCAAUGCAUUGAACUCAAUUGUAUUUUCGAUCGCCAUGACAAAGACUGCUACAACAAAAUCUUCGCUGAAUCGAACAACGUUGUCAAAAAAAAUUCAUCUCAAAAAAAAUAAUUUUGGAUAUAAUAUUUUAAAUAAUUAUUUCUUAUAAUAUCUGCAUUUAAAAUCAAAUACACAUUUUUAAAUU